CAUGUGAUCUGUCCAAUGAGAGAGAACGCUUGGGUGCUGUAGGCAGGGUUUGUUCUGUAAUUCAGCGUCUGUUAGAUUCACAUCUUUAUUAUUUAUUUUAAACUAACAGAGACAAUGGUGUAUAAAAAAUGCGGUGUUGACACUGUACUAUUGAUAAAUAUUUCAUGGAGAGGACAAAAAGACUUUUCAUGAUUGCUUAAGAGAGCCUGAAGACACCUUCAUCAUGACCCUGUCAGAUUUUAUUGGAGCACUGAAGGACAACCCUUACUUUGGGGCAGGUUUUGGGCUGGUGGGUAUUGGCACAGCACUUGCAGUUGCCAGAAAGGGGGCACAGUUUGGAAUGAUCUUCUUCAGGAGAAAUUAUAUGAUCACACUGGAGGUCCCUAGCAAAGAUAAAAGUUAUCACUGGUUGUUAAGCUGGAUCACUAAACAUGCCAAACAUACACAGCAUCUGAGUGUGGAGACCUCCUAUAUGCAGCAUGAGAGUGGGCGUGUCCAUACACAGUUUGACUUUCACCCAAGUCCAGGCAACCACAUUAUAUGGUACGGAAGAAAGUGGAUCCGAGUGGAGAGAACCAGAGAAAAGCAGAUGUUGGACCUCAACACUGGCACUCCAUGGGAGUCUGUCACCUUCACUGCACUGGGCAGAGACAGGCAGAUAUUCUUUAACAUACUUCAGGAAGCUCGUGAACUUGCAUUAAAGCAGGAAGAGGGCCGGACUGUGAUGUACACGGCCCUCGGAGCAGAGUGGAGGCCCUUUGGGUUUCCAAGGCGACGAAGACCCCUGUCUUCAGUAGUGCUGGAAAAUGGGCUGACAGAGAGGAUUGUGGAUGAUGUAAAAGAGUUUAUUGGAAAUCCCACGUGGUAUACUGACAGAGGUAUUCCAUAUAGGAGAGGCUAUCUGCUAUAUGGACCUCCAGGUUGUGGAAAGAGUAGCUUUAUAACAGCAUUGGCGGGUGAGCUGGGUUACAGCAUCUGUUUGAUGAGUCUCAGUGACCGCAGUCUGUCUGAUGAUCGUCUCAACCACCUGCUCAGCGUGGCUCCACAGCAAAGCAUCAUCCUGCUAGAGGACGUAGAUGCUGCUUUUGUCAGCCGGGACCUGCUGCCCACUGAAAAUCCACUGGCCUAUCAGGGCAUGGGAAGACUUACCUUCAGUGGACUUCUGAAUGCUCUUGAUGGAGUGGCGUCAUCAGAGGCUCGAAUUGUGUUUAUGACGACAAAUUUCAUUGAAAGACUCGACCCGGCUCUUGUCCGACCCGGCCGUGUGGAUAUGAAGCAGUAUGUGGGCUACUGCUCUCAUUGGCAACUGAUUCAGAUGUUUAAGAGAUUUUACCCUCGAGAGUCCUCGUCCGAGGCCGAAAGAUUUGCACAGCGAGCCCUGGCAGUUCACACAGAGCUCAGUGCUGCUCAGGUGCAAGGACACUUCAUGCUAUACAAAACAGACCCGGCAGGGUCCAUCGAAAACAUUGCUGAGAUCAAGGAGCGAUGAGAUGAAAAGAUCAAGUGAUAAAAACGAACUGAUAAGAGACUGACAGACAGAUGAUUUCAUAUUUACAUUAUUUGGAUUUCAAUGACUUUCAAUACAUUUGAAAAAUAAAAUCCAGCGAAG